GGGGAGAGAGAGAGAGAGAGAGAGAGCGAGGCAUUGCGAGAGAGAGAGAGCGAGAAAAGAAAAGAAAAGAAAAGAAAACCAAACACCAAACCAAACACCCGUAGAUAUUUUUGUAUUGCCCCUCCGAUCGCUGCUCUCAUCUGCAAAUUAGGGUUUCAACAGCCUUUCUUCUCCGACGACUAUCAGCUUCCCAUUCGCAGGUUCUGGUUCUGAAGGCAAGGGGAGAUAAUCUCGGGAUUAUUGCGCUUGAUGUUGACGAAAAUUUCGCGAAACGCCUGCUGAAGUUUUUUGCCGGAGUAGGGGGAUUUUUUAUAUUCUUUUGAGGAUUCUGCAUUUGGAGUUCGUGUACACGCUUGGGAGAAAUUUUGCAAAAAGAAAAACAAAAAAAGAAAGGGGUGAAGUCUUGUUGUUUUGACUAUGCGGACGUCAUGGGCUGAUUCGGUUGCUGCAGCUGAGAAAGCUGCGGCUGGUUCUUCUGCAAAUAACGGGGCCGUUGCUUCUGGUUCCGCUCCUUCUCGAUCCACAUACGUGCCUCCCCAUCUCCGGAAUCGGACGCCUUCUUUGGACCCUCCGGCUCCUGCGUACGGUGGCUCAACUUCUGGGACAGAUCAAUCUGCUCAAGGUGGUCCCCCAGGUGGUAGUCGUUGGGGUGCUCCACCAAGGAAUGAUUAUGGUCGUUCUGGAUAUAUGGGUGGGGGUCGCGGUGGUGGUUGGAGCAGCAGAAGUGGUGGCUGGGAUAGUAGGGGGAGGGAGCGGGAAGUUAACCCCUUUGGGGAUGAUGGCAAUACAGACCAAGAGCUUGUUGAACAGGAAAAUUCUGGAAUCAAUUUUGAUGCAUAUGAAGAUAUUCCGGUGGAAACUAGUGGGGAUAAUGUGCCGCCUCCCGUGAAUACGUUUGCAGAGAUUGAUCUGGGUGAAGAACUCAAUCAAAACAUCAGGAGAUGCAAGUAUUCAAAGCCAACACCUGUCCAGCGACAUGCCAUACCAAUUUCCUUGGCAGGUCGGGAUUUGAUGGCCUGCGCCCAGACUGGGUCUGGCAAGACAGCUGCUUUCUGCUUCCCAAUUAUAAGUGGAAUUAUGAAGGGGCAGUUUGCACAGAGACGGCCUCGUGGUCGUGUAGCUUUCCCACUUGCCCUUAUCCUUUCUCCAACAAGGGAGCUCUCAAUGCAAAUUCAUGAAGAGGCUAGGAAAUUUGCAUAUCAAACUGGUGUAAGGGUGGUUGUUGCCUAUGGUGGAGCCCCUAUCAAUCAACAGCUUCGAGACCUGGAAAGAGGUGUUGAUAUACUGGUGGCAACUCCUGGACGAUUGGUAGAUUUACUCGAGAGGGCUAGAGUUUCACUAGAGAUGAUAAAGUACUUAGCCCUAGAUGAGGCAGAUCGAAUGCUGGAUAUGGGUUUUGAACCUCAAAUAAGGAAAAUAGUGGAACAAAUGGACAUGCCUCCACCAGGUGUUAGACAGACCAUGUUGUUCAGUGCCACUUUUCCAAAAGAGAUACAGAGAUUGGCAUCUGAUUUUCUUGCAAGCUAUAUUUUUCUGGCUGUUGGAAGAGUUGGUUCCAGUACAGAUCUGAUUGUACAAAGAGUGGAAUUUGUUCAUGAGUCUGAUAAGAGAAGCCACCUCAUGGACCUACUUCAUGCACAGAGGGAAAAUGAUGUUCAAAGCAAGCAAGCUUUAACUCUGGUGUUUGUGGAGACAAAGAAAGGAGCUGAUUCUCUUGAACAUUGGUUAUGCAUGAAUGGUUUUCCUGCUACUACUAUUCAUGGUGAUAGAACACAGCAGGAAAGAGAAAUGGCUUUGAAAUCCUUCAAAAGUGGUAGAACCCCAAUUUUGGUCGCAACAGAUGUGGCGGCACGUGGUCUUGAUAUCCCUCAUGUUGCACAUGUCGUCAACUUUGAUCUUCCAAAUGACAUUGAUGAUUACGUCCAUCGAAUAGGGCGGACUGGGCGAGCUGGUAAGUCUGGGUUGGCAACUGCAUUCUUUAACGAGAACAAUGCUUCUUUGGCAAGGUCAUUAGCUGAUCUAAUGCAAGAAUCAAAUCAAGAAGUACCCGCUUGGCUUUCCCGCUAUGCUGCUCGGUCUUCCUAUGGUGGAGGGAAGAAUCGUCGUUCUGGAGGACGGUUUGGUGGUCGUGACUUCCGAAGGGACUCCUCUUUCAAUAGGGGCGGUUCAGAUUACUAUGGUGGAGGUUCUGGAUAUGGAGCUUCUGGUGGUUACAGUGGAGGAUAUGGUCCCGGGGUGACCAGUGCAUGGGACUAAUACCUCGGUUUUUUGCUGCACUUUGUUUAAACACACCUGGGCUGGUAGCAAACUUCAGUUAUUUUAAUUAGCAUAAAUAUUUUUGGUUUUCGUUUUUCUUUUCCCGUCUUUGCCAUUGAGUCUGAUGUUUGAAGUGCCCCCCCUUUGCUUUGUAACCCUAGAAAUUGUCCUUUAUAUUAUGGGGAUGGCGGAAUGAAAUAUUUGGUAUCAGCACCACGAGGGUAAUAGCGUGUAACUGUUGUGUGGUGAAUGAAUGCUCGUUUACUCUGUUUAA